GUUUUCUGUCUUUUACUGCAACCAAAUGGUCCAAAUCCUCUCUCUAUUUUUCAAUGGACGAUCUGCCUCCACCACUACUCCUUGAUAUCCUGAGUCGACUCACGGACUCAGCCGAUCUCGCUCGGUGCCGACUCAUCUCUAAAACCUUUAACACACUCUCUCGCGAGGUUCGGUCCAUCAACCUCGUCUGCACCUUUUCCCGAUAUCUCAAAUUGAGGUCGCCGGAGACCAAAGACGUAACGACACCCUUCAAGACUAUAUUUAACAACCUGAUCCUCAAUUCGUUGGCCCUCGAGUCCAUCUCGAUUAGCGUGGAGAAGUCUCUUGGCGGAAUGUCGUAUGACGAUGUCGAAGACGAGGCUGACGAUUUGUAUUUGACAGACGUGGGGUUUGUUAAUGAGUGGCUGCCGAGGGUUUGUAGGGAGCUAAGAUCUCUGUCAAUUUCGGAUUUUUGGAUUCAAUCUUGUUGGAGACGAUCUGAUAUUUUGGCGCUGCUUUCUUCUUGCUGUCAUAGUCUUUGUGAACUUGAGGUGAAGAAUGCUUGGCUCUCCAUUAAUGGUUUGAAUCCAAUGCCCAUGCUUACAAGUUUAACACUCGAAUCUGUAAGACUAGAUGAUGAGGACCUUAGCAAGGUUAAUCAUUGCUUCCCUUGUCUCCAAGUUCUCAAUUUGAUCGGAGUUGGAGGACUUACAGAACCUAAGAUCCAGCUUUUUCACCUUAGAAAAUGUCAAUGGACUGUGUCAAAUGCUCCACAAUCUCUGACUAUUUUUGCACCCAAGCUUGUGAAACUUGAGCUAAAUUGUAUUGAACCAAGAUCACUUGUCCUUGAAACGCCACUAUUGUCCGAUUUCUAUCUUUCCCUUCGGAAAGCAAAUAAGUUUGAGGUAAAAGGGUUCUUGGACUUGAAAAUCCUACAGCUUGAAUCUGCAGAUCUUUGUGGCCUUAUAUACUCAUUUCCAUCUAAUAAUUCAAUUAAGAGGCUAAUAGUUGAUUCAUCGAAGCGUGUUAAACCUGGUGAUAUGAGUAUGCUUAGCCUGGAUAUGUUGUUUGAAGUGUUCCCAAAUGUGAGCUCACUCACUUUGCGAUCUGGGGCUUGGUGUGAAAUGGAGACCUGUUUUGUGGCUGGUGGUUUUCAGAGUCAUACCGGAAUGCAGGGGCUAAAAGAAUUUGUUGCACAGUUAGUGAUCCGUGAUAUUGAUGUUACUUUGUUAUUUAUUUUCACUAUCUUGGAUAAUUGCACCAACUUGUCAGAUGUUGCACUGCUUAUUCACUGUGAAGUUGAUCCGAAAAUUGCUAGCAACUUCAUCUCUCGAUGUACAGCUGAUCGUCCAAGAGUUAGAUGGAGAUGGGGAAUUUGGAAUACUGGCUCAAUAGACACUUGGACCUCGGACAGCAUCUAAUUUCGCUACCCUAGUUGUUUAAACGAGGCAAAGAGAAUAAGCCUAAUCUGUUGGAGCGGUGCUACGAUCUGGAAAAAGGUUGCACUCCUUGGAAAUUGACGUACAGGAAUUUUGGGGCACAAACUUUUUAUUGCCUGUGAAAAUAAUCUAGAUGCAUCCAGAUAUUUUAUGGGACGAUUGGGGUUGAGGGUCUCACCAAUUACAAGCUAUCAGACUUGGUAUACUGUUGCGUAAAAGCUUCAAUGCAUACAUACUUAUGAUAUGGAUUCUGAUGUUGUCCGUGCUGUGUGCAAAAAUUAUGGCAAAUAUCUUAUCAUCACACCCUGCUCUAUUUCAAAAGAGAAAUGAGGUGAGAGAAUUCCCUGAUGUGUGUUGAUAGUACAGUUACUUUUACAUCUUAUUGGUGAAUGCCCACAGAAUUUGGGCAAUAAAUUGUCAAUCGUUAUACGUCUGAA